CCCCUUCAUCAAUUCCAAAACCUCCAUCUCAGAACAUCGAACCAACAAAGACUAAACUCCAGAGCACCAAGCAUACAGCCAUUUCUUAGUCAAAGAAAAAGGUUAAGACAGCUACUAGCUAGCUAGAAACCAAUGGCAGCUGCUGACCAAUGCCGACUCGACAAUACUGGAAAUUGUGUUGCCAUCUCUUCCUCUACACAACCAAACUGGUGGGAUCAUGAUCACCUCCAUGCAGCAGCUGCAGCUGCCGCUGCCGGCUCUCAUCUCUCGGCUUCUUCGUGGCCGUGGCACCAGCACCAGCACCAGCAGCCAAACCCUAACUCCAACUCUUCUUGCGAUGAGGAUGUUUCAAUGUCCAGUACUUCCUUUACCAAUGCCUCCAACCAUUCCAGCCUCAGCGUUGAUUCCUCUCGCAGACUAGUUGAUCAGCGUUCUGCUUCGCCCAACGACGACAUGAAUAAUAUUGGAGAACAGGUUUCUGAUAAUCAAAUAUGGAGACAAGUUCUAUUAAGCGUCGGAAACAAUGAUUUGAACAGCAGUAUGACUCAUGAUGUAGGAGAGAACUUCCUUGAUGCACUAUCAUCCAAGAACUUGUCAAAUACUGCUAUGUACGAACCUGCUUGUGAUUACUUGAAGAAAUUGGACAACGACAGUAGCAAUUGGGAGUUCACAAACUCAUCAUCAGCUGCAGCUACUAUGCAUGCAUCUAAUCUCAACAAUUUCGAAAGGCAAAUCAACAUUAAUGGAUCGUUUAGCAGCGAGAACUUGUCUAAUCUAGUCAGCACCUGGUCCAUUGCGCCACCUGAACCACAAGUAGCCAAUAGCCCUUUCUUCAAUCUUCCUCAAGUGUCAUGUUACGGUGCUAAUAAUAAUUUGAUGAAAGUUGAAAGUGCUGCACAAUUAGCUGGAGCAAACUUGCAUGGAAGGCCAUUUAGUUCUGAUAAUGGGAGCAAUAUUGACUAUCAGAUUGGCCACAACAACACAAUGGCUGCAGAUAAUAGCUACUAUGGAUCCGGAAAUGGUUUAGUGAUGCCCGAUUCGUACUCUUCAUCCAACAGUGCUAGAAAUUUCACAGAUGUCAUAUCUUUUAACAGUCGAUUAGGCAAGCCGUUGAUGGAUCAUAGUCACCAUGCACAAAAGCCGAGUAACUUCAAAUCUUUGAUCAACUUAUCUGAUAACAUUUCAAAGAAGCAAGGCCUCCAAACUUCUUCGCCGACAAGAAUGAGUGGAAGAGGACAAGGAACUGCAAAUGAAUCCGCAGGGAAGAAGAAACGAACAGAUGAGAGUAGUACAUCAUCAGAAAUAGUUUUGAAAAAGCCUAAGCAAGAAACUUCAGCAGUUAAUUCAUCAUCAUCUGUAAAGAUGCAGGCACCAAAAGUCAAGGUUGCUGAUAAGAUCACGGCCCUUCAACAAAUCGUGUCUCCAUUUGGAAAGACUGAUACAGCUUCAGUACUAUAUGAAGCGAUUCAGUACAUUAAGUUCCUCCAAGACCAAGUACAGGUGCUAUUGAGUAGCCCUUAUUUGAAGACAAAUCCGCAUAAGCAGGAUCCAUGGGGAAAAUUGGAUCAAAUUAGGGGAGAUCAUCACCCAAAGGUGGAUCUGAAGAGCAGAGGCCUAUGCUUGGUGCCUACGUCAUGUACGCCCCCGGUUUAUCGUGAAAAUACAGGAUCAGACUACUGGACACCAACAUACAGAGGCUGUUUGUAUAGAUAAAUAUUCAAGCUACGUACCUAGCUAGAUUGCAAAGUACUCACUAAUAUAAUGAAAACCUUUAGAUCGAAGAAGUGCAUGAUCGAUCGAUGAAUGUACAUCGAUCUCUUCUCAAAAGAAAUGGGAAGCAACUAUAUAUCGAUCUUUGUAACCCCAUUAAGGCUUUUAGACAUAUACUAUAGCUGCUUAGUUAA